AUGCUCAUUAUCGUGCCCAAUACAAUCGUCAAUGGAAUUAAUGAUCAUUCGAUGCCUUUAAUUGAUCAGAUAAUAAAUUUCGAGACUAUCGGAGGUAUUGCUGGAGAUGACUCAUUAUCUACGUGUUGGAAAAAUACAUUCAUACUGAAUCGAACAAUAUCUUCUUUGCAAAAUGGUGAUACACUUCUCAUACCAGCAAAUCGAACGUUUUGGUUGAUGGGUGGCAUCUAUGCUCGUAGUCUCUCACAUGUCACCAUUCAGAUUGAUGGUAUUCUUAAAUUUUCUGACAAUCAUUUGGAAUGGCCUCGUGAUUCUAAAACUCAUCAAGUUCUCGACUGUUUUUAUUUUGAACAAUUGAAUUAUGUUACAUUUACGAGUUCACUAUCCAAAGAUAUCAAAGGAAUUAUUGAUGGUUCUGGUAGACGUUGGUGGGGUGUGGUCGAAUAUUUGCUUAAUGAUCGACCUCGUCUACUAGUCAUCUACAAUUCUACUAAUCUUUUGAUAGAAAACUUAUUAUUAAAAAAUUCGCCAAAAUGGACAUUUUACGGCAAGGAUGUUGCUAAUUUGGAAAUUCGUCACACAGAUAUAGACGCACGUAUACAUCCAGAUGCUCAUUGGCAUGAUCUAGAUGAACUAACUGCUUUCAAUACGGAUGGAUUUGAUGUAUCCGGUACGAAUGUAUGGAUUCAUGAUUGUAACAUUUGGAAUGAUGAUGACUGUAUCGCAGUGAAACAACAGGAUUCGAACAGUUUCCAUUCAUCUUGUAGUGAAAAUAUGUUAUUUGAACGGAUCAAUGCCUCAGGCGUAGGUUUAACAAUCGGUUCUAUUGGUCCAUCGGCAGCACAUUCAUGUGUUCGUAACAUUACAUUUCGUAAUUGUACUAUGUUUAACACGUUUAAAGGAAUCUAUUUGAAAUCACGGCCAGGAAAUGAAGGAAAUACUGGUGAAAUUACGGAUAUUCUGUAUGAAAAUAUUCAAAUUCAUAAUGCUUCACAAUGGUCAAUAUGGAUCGGACCACAACAAGCUGCUUUUAAAGGGGCUUGUUCACUUUUGUGGCCAUUUAUACCAGAAACGAGUUGUCCGAUUCCAUCAGGUAUCAAAUGGAAUAAUAUUAUUUUACGAAAUAUAACUAUUAAUAGUCCUCAAAUCAGUCCUGGUGUAAUAAUCGGUAAUACCUCCAACCCUAUACAAAAUGUACUUUUCGAUAAUGUAAUUAUAAAUCAUCCUGGUUCUCGUCCAUGGGGUAAUAAAUAUUAUGCAUGCUCUGGUGUUGAAGGAAUUGCACAAGGAAAAACUGAACCACUACCACCAUGUUUCAAACGUAAACUAUAA